ACUGCUCUUGGUCAUUAGGAGCUGCUUUAGCUCACCACUCUGUUUCUGUCCCACUCCGGAGAAAAACAAAGGUGGCAUAGGAUUUACUACUGACAACAAAUCUUUGGCAGGGAGGAGAGUGGAAAUAUUCAGAGAUGGGUUUUGGGGAGGACCUGUGGUGUCCACAGGCACAUGCAGCAGUCAUGCGGCUGCUGGACUCAGAGCUUCACCUGAUGGAGGUCAUGAAGAAGUGGAUGGGUCAGCGGGCUAAGAGUGAGCGGGAGUUUUCAGUGCAGCUGCACCACAUGGCUAACAUGGCAGAGAAGCUGGACCGACCUCAGCCCGGUGCAGGACUGGACUACAUCAGCCAGCUCAACAAGUCGUGGGGAGUGCUGGUCUCUCAGACGGACUUCCUCAGUCAGAUGAUGAAGAAGCGCUCUGAGGAUCUGCUGGAUGGUCCCAUUAGCAAACUGACACUGCUCAUCAGAGACAAACAGCAGCUCCGGAAAACCUACGCCGAGCAGUGGAAUCUACUGAGGCAGGAGCUCAGCAAGGUGACGCAAACAGAGCUGGAGAGGCUGAAGGGCAGCUACAGACAGGCACUGAGAGAUGCAGCUCAGGCUAAGAGGAAGUACCAGGAGGCCAGUAAAGAUAAAGACCGAGACAGGGCUAAAGAGCGAUACAUAAAAUCUUCACUGAGACUCCACGAGCUGCAUAAUGAGUACGUUCUGUCUGUGCGAGCUGCUCAAGUUUACCAUCAGCACCACUACAGUCAGAUCCAGCCUGCCCUGCUCAGCGCGCUGCAGACUCUGCAGCAGGAGAUGGUGCUCAUACUUAAGGAGAUCCUGCAGGAGUAUUUCGACAUCUCCACUCUCCUCCAUCAUGAAGUGGUGCGGGUCCACAGGGAGAUGUCUUCUGCUCUAACGGCCAUCGAUCCUCACAGAGAAUACGAGAGCUUCAUUCACCAGAGCAGGUCUGUGGGGGAGAUUCCUGCUUGUGCAGAGUUUGACUCCAUCCUGCUGGAGGACAAUGAGCAGCUAAAUCCCAGAGAUAUUGAACUGAAUGACCUCACGCUUGAGACAAUCCAGCACAAAUUGACUGCGGUCGAGGAGGAGCUGCUGGACCUGGCUAGGACUCUGGGCUCCCAGCAGACCUCGGUUGAACAGCUGGAGCUGGAGCUGGAGGCAGAGCGGGGGGGUGUCAAAAAAGGCCAGAGGGUCUACCAGUUCAGCAAGAGACAUGCACUGGAGGAGUGCCGGCAGCAGGUUGCUCUGUCUCAGGGCAUGAGAGCCAAGCUGGAGGCUCAGAGGGUUAUUCUGAAGGACAAACUGGACCUGCUGGGCUCCAAAGAACCUCCUUCUGCUCUGACACUGGACCCAGAUACCGUUUCACUUUCAUCCAGCUCAAGCAAUGACCACAGCCAAACUCCCUCCAAACUCAUCAAGGACGGGAUCAUAAACAAUUUGAGUGGCCUGUUUAAACCCAAAUGUGAGACAGUUCCGGUCCUCACCGCAACGCAGGAGGUGGAUCGUGCUCUGGGGCAGCAGGACUGGUACCACGGAGCCAUUCCCAGACUGGAGGUCCAGCAACUGCUGAAGAGUGAUGGAGAUUUCUUGGUGAGGAAGAGUCAAGAGAAACAGGGUUAUGUGCUCUCUGUGCAAUGGGAUGGAUCCUGCAAGCAUUUCCUUAUUCAGAACACGGAUAAUCUGUACCGUCUGGACGGGCAAGGCUUCCACAGUGUCCCGCUGCUGAUCCAUCAUUUACUGUCCUCACGACAACACAUCACCAAGAGGGCUGACAUAGUGCUGAAAAAACCUGUACUGAAGGACAAGUGGGUCCUUGAACAUGAUGAUAUUAUCUUGGGACAGCUGAUUGGGCGGGGCAACUUUGGAGAAGUGUACAGUGGUCGUUUACGCUCUUGUCACACUCCUGUAGCUGUGAAAUCCUGUAAAGAGAACCUGGCCCCGGAACACAAGAGUAAGUUCCUGAUGGAGGCCAGGAUCCUGAAGCAGUACGAUCAUCCUAACAUUGUGAAGCUGAUCGGGGUGUGCACGCAGAAACAGCCCAUCUACAUCAUCAUGGAGCUUGUUCAAGGUGGUGAUUUUCUCUCCUUCCUACGCAAUGAGGGUCAAAGGCUGAAGCCUAAGAUGUUGGUCAAAAUGACAGAAAAUGUAGCGGCUGGCAUGGAGUACCUGGAAGGAAAGAAGUGUAUCCACAGGGACCUGGCAGCGAGAAACUGUCUGGUUGCAGCGCACAACGUGGUGAAGAUCAGUGACUUUGGGAUGUCCCGUCAGCAGGAUGACGGUGUUUACUCUGCAGAGGGCAGCCUCAGACAGAUCCCUGUCAAGUGGACGGCUCCCGAAGCCCUGAACUAUGGUCGCUACACCACGGAGAGUGACGUCUGGAGCUUCGGCGUCUUACUGUGGGAGACCUUCUCCAAGGGAAUGACGCCCUACGCGAGUAUGACCAACCAGCAGACGCGAGACGAGGUGGAGAGAGGUACGGGCUCAUAUCCGGGCACUCGGGGUUGUCGAUGUGUUUGUGUUGAGAUGCCACUGAGGAAAAUUCGCGCCCCUUCGUUGUGCUUGAUUCUGACGAUGAGGCCUUUUUCCAGAAUUAUAGCUUUUCAGAAAAUGUCUACAGUCUGCCGACAGACUAUCUCUGUGCCUGCUUUGACCGUCUGUGCUGUGUUCCAGGGUACCGCAUGGCUGCUCCUCACGACUGCCCUGCGGAAGUCUCUGGGAUUAUGAGCAGCUGCUGGCAGUAUGAAGCCAGGAACAGGCCGUCUUUCAAGAAACUUCGGGCUGAGCUCAGUGCUAUAUACAACAAACUUAUAUAAUACAAGCCUGUCAGUUGGACACAUACAUAGUUUUUUUUUCCCCCCUUCAGAAAAUGUGUUGAAGUCCAACAUAUGAACCAGCUGGUGGCAGCAGUCUUGCUUCUUCCCCUCUUGCCCCGUUCGUCUGUUUUUCAUUCCUCCUCCUGCUAAGAACAGAGGGUUGUCCUCAACACAGCUGUCUUCUUCAAGGCGGCACGAAUUUGUGCUAUUGUAAACACAACAUACUUUACUAUAUGUUAUUAGCGUAACUGUUGAAGUGUAAUGGCCAUGUCUGUCUCAAAGACACCGCAGAGAUGUGUUCGACCGGGCACGUCCUCCUGAGGAGCUCAGAUACUGCCAACACAGACAUUAGGACAGUAAGGGUUGAGUCAGCACAGUGCUGUGGGCCAUGUGUGUCCGGAUCUGUUGGGGACUUUAGUGACCGACUUGUGGGUCAGUCCAUGCCAACUCACCCAGAAUUCAGAUCGUUUUCCCAGUUCACGUGACGGAUUUUCUCGCAACAUUUCAUGUGAAAACUACUAUUGAAUUCAUGGGACCUUGCAACAUCCUAUGGCUCUACUCCUAAUACUUUUUUAUUUAUGAAUUUUUGAAGAUUGGCCUUCUGAGCUAAUUUUCCUAAUUUCUGCUAUGCUUUGUGUGCAUACUCUAAACCUCACCAAUCACUUCUUUUUCAGUGGACUGGGUUGAAAUUUGGACUGAACAUCCAACAGAAUUUAAGUUGCGCUCCCUAAGGAUAAUUUGUAAAUAGUUGUUGAAUGUUUUACAGCAAUCAAAUUAACUUUUUUUUCCCAAAUGAAGAAUCUUUAAUUUUAAAAAAAAAUUGAUAUCUCCACCAGAUUUUACUUUCUUGCAACCAAAUUUUGAUUCUAUGUAGUAUUCAUAUAGUUUUAUCACAUCUAGAAGUUAUGCCACAGAUCUUGCUAAAAACUGCUUCAGAGCUGAAAAACCCACUUAUAGAAGGAUUUGAACUUGAAUUUCAUUUAAACUUUUUUAUGGGAAAGUGCCAAUAUUCAUUGCGGAUAUAUAAAAAAUUUGAAAUGAUAUAUUACUCUUUUAUCAUUUCUUGAAUAAAGAAUUUUUUUCAUACUUUUCACAGGAUGUAAUAUUACAUCCAGUGGAUUUAUUUCUUGGGUAGAUAUUUGUAAUGUGUUGACUUCAAGGUUUUCUAUCUCUGUGAUACAUAUUGCGCCUGUUUUUAAUGGGGCUCAGGGAUUUUGCAGGUUACAGCUUGUAAUGGCUUGAUGCUUAGUAGAAGAUGUCAUCUUGUUUCAUGUGUCAACAAUGGAAUUAAACAAUAAAAACAAUAAGGCAGUGCCACCUGAAACAGGUUCUGGCGGAUUAUUGCAAAAUGGAUGGCAACCUACCCAGAACUGUAUAGAAGAUGGGUAUCAUUAAUUCAUGUAGUUUUAUGUGAUAGUGAGAUCAUGGAGUCCUGCUCUAUUGGGAAAAGCCUAGAGGAAGAAGCCAACUGACAAGAGACAAGCAAAAACAAGCCAUUACAAGCUGUAACUUACAAAUUUCCUUAAAACCAAUGACAAACAGGCUCAAAAGAUGUGAUAGAACUUUAUUAAUACUACACAGAAUCAAAAUUUGGUUGCAAGAAAUUGAAUACUAGUGGAGAUAUUAAUUUU